AUUGAUCCGAUGGCUACCUCAACAUUUUUCGGCUACGUUGGUUCGAUAUCUUCACUGGGACAUGCUGUUUUCGCUCCUCUGAUAGGCUACUGGAGCUCAGCCACUGGUCAAACAAAACUGCCAUUAAUUGUUGGUCGUCUUAUUGCAAUGGUUGGCUGUUUGCUGUAUAUAUGCUUGGAAUUAUUUCCAACCGGACGACGUUAUGUGAUGCUCACAUGCUAUGCAAUUUUCGGCAUUUCGAUGAGUACCACAAGCGUAAUGCGUGGCUAUGUAGCAAAAAUAAGCACAGUGAAGGAUCGAGCAAUGGCCGUUAGCUUAUUUGGAUUAGCACUGAUGCUAGCCGUCAGCGUAGGACCAUGUCAGUUAUUUUUGUAA